UGAAACAAAGCACCAGGAGUCUAAGAUGUCCUCUUCAUCAGAAGAAAAAGCCAUACCAGUUGCAGCAAAUCCACAGCUUUCUGAAUCCCUGGUGGCAGACCAUGAGUCUGUGAUAAGUAUCCUUGACAGUGAGGGUGUGGUCAGUACUCAUUCAGAAAAUCACCUUGAGGAGAAGCAUGUGGAUUUGCCUGAAGAACAUAACCUAGAAGCAGCUGAAGAAAAUCUUCCUGUUCCACAGGAAGAAAUAACUGUUUCUAACAAUCUUCCUGAAGCCAAGGAAAUUAAUGUUGUUGAAGAUAGUGGAGUUAAGGCACAAACCUCAGAAGUCCCUGAAACAUCACCAUAUAGUGAACUACAUCCAUCAGGCAGCCUUCAAUAUAGCUAUGAUACAAUAGAGCAACAGUUUGCAUGUGAUUUGCCGGAUAAUCAAGAUGGUAUAUGUGAUGCAGCUGAGGGAGAUGGAGAGCUUUUUAUACCUCAGAGUAAUUUUACUUUAGUCUUGGAAGGAGAAGAAGGUGAAGCGGAGAUGGGAGACCCUGAAUUAGUAGAUGCUUCCCAACCGGCUGGCACAACAACAGAGGAAAAACCUGUGAACAAUUUAGGAAAUACUGAAAACCAAGAACAUGUUACAAACUCUGUGUCCACUGUAACUAGUGAUCAGGAAUCUCAAAACAUUGCAGAAUCGCUCCCAUAUGUGCCUGAACCCAUUAAGACAGCUAUUGCUGAGAACUUACUGGAUGUGAUCAAAGACACAAGAAGUAAAGAAUUUACAUCUGAAGUUGUAGAACAAUCUAUUCAUGAAACCAUAGGUAAGAAGGUAACUAGAUUGCAGAAGGCAAAAGCUCCCUUAAUGACUAUGCCAGAAGGAGUGGAAGAUGAAUCCAGCAGACAUCAAGUAGAGUGUGUCAUCACUCCUAGAACACGCACAAGGGGACAACUGAGUAGAAGUUCAAGUAUUCCAUUGGCAGGUGAUCAACAACUACUGAAGACAGACAAACCAGUUCUGUUUGGACUGUCUCCUAGGAGAAGUACGAGGCGAACCAAAGAAGCAUCCAAGACUUUGAGUCUUCAAACAGAAGAAAAUGCUCAAGAUGAGCAAAUACCUGUGAUGCCUGUUACUCCUAGGAGAGGUAGGAGGCCUAAACAGGCUAAUAUAGAAAAAGUAGAAAGCAGCCAUUCUGACAGACAAACAUUGUCUGUCAGUACACAGUCCAUAGCCGUUACUCCAAGAAGAGGAUUAAGGAGAGCAAAGGAAGCUGCCUCCGAACUCUUGGAAGAGGCUAAUGAAGAAACAUCUCUUGCUGAAGGUAGCAUUAUUGCUUCUGCUACUUCCAAAAGGACUAGAGGAGGGAAACAUUCAGCAGGAGAUCAAGAAAGUGGCCAGAUUGACACUGAUCAUAAGAGAAAAAUGGCAGUCAGUCCCAGUAGAAGUGUGAGAAAAGUGAAAAGUAUUAGUUUACAAUUUACUGAAAAUAUUGUCAAACAUCAAGAGGUGCAGCCUAGUGACCAGCUCAUUUUAACUGGGCCAAGUAAAAGAGGCAGAAGAAGAAAGAUGAGUUCAUCAGAGGUUUCAGAAAAUUCUGACUUUGAUCUCUUUAAGUCAUCACUUCCUCAAACAGAAUUUAAACUUCCUGUCACUCCUAGAAGAAGUGCAAGGAAGCAGCUAGAAAAUCUCUUGGCAGACACAGAAUCUGCCUCUACUCAGGAAGACAUACAUUCAGGUGGGAAAGUGGAAAUCCUUGAUACACCUAGGAGAAGAACAAGAAGAGUUCCACAAGCAAAACCAGAAAAAAGGGAUACGCGUGAGCAAACACCUGCCCAGCCAAAGGAGGAAUCAACCACACCCAGGAAUACAGUAAGGACAGGGCGUCGGGGCAGAAAGAGACGAUCAGUAUUGGAGGAGAGCACAGGGGAGGAGGCCUUCCCCCGAGGACCUGGGGGCAGUCCUUUGCUGCUUGAAGACAUAAACCCAUCAGGACAUGAUGAAACAUCAAGAACUUUAACAGAUCGUAUUACAAGAACCAAAUCCCGCAAAACUGCUAUGUGUCAGAAACUGUCUGUUGAGGAAAAUGAAUCCUUCCUUUUUUCUCCUCCUCUCACAAAGCUGACAAAGAAAUUCAAAGCUGGAAAAGCAGACCAUCCUGUGCAGCUUAAGGAUUUAGACCCAGACUUGUCUUCUCAAUUUGUCUUUUCACCCCCUCUUUUGAGGCCAAGGAGAAUAAAUGUAUCGAGCAUUUCCCGAAUUGUGAAAGAGCCAGAGCUUCCAGCUAAAGAGGAAGAUACCCAGUCCAUAGAGUCUGUGGGAAAGCAAAAACUGAAGAGAGGUAGAACUGCAAAAUCAAAAAUGAAGAAAGCGAGCAAAUCAACGAUAAAAGAAGGUUCUUGGUCACCUCCACCAGUGGAAAUAAAAUUCAUCUCUCCUUUUGGAAGUCCAGUUGAUGGAACAAAAAGCAAACAGAAAGAAACUGGAGACACGGCAGAGAAGAUUCUACGAAAGAACAAAAAAAGACUGUCUAAUUUUCCAAAGCCAGUUGUGCGCCGGAAGAUGCUGUAACUGUUUUUUAAGUUUAUAAUGUACACCACUGUUUGUAAAGUCAUCAAUAUUGUGUGGAUUAGUAAAAAAAUUAUCAUCUAAUUUGGAAGAGAUAAUUUAUAUAAAUUAUUGUAAAAUUUCAUAAACAAAUGGUCUUCAAUAAGUAACUCCAUAUGGAGUGUGAUUUCCUCAGUCAAUGCAGUUUUCUAUUUUAUAUUAAGACUUCAUACAUUUAUAUAAUAUGUAAAUAUAGCUUAUUUUAGGAAUGUUAAAUAAAAAUGUAUACUUCACAAUA